CGGCGUCUGUGACUCAUCGCCUCACACAGCAACGCAAGUGGAGUAAAUCCUUAAUAAAGCUGCAGUCUAUACCGGAUAUAUUUGGAACCACAAAUUUUUUCUCUCAUUGCCUGACAGGAUUGAGAUGUUACAUUUUAGGUUCUCGACAGUGCUGAAGGAGUUGUUUGAAGCCACCCUCAAGCGUCCCUCUAUCGGCUCCAGACAGACCUGGUUACCGACACGCCACUGCUGCUUCGGCGCCUCGUCCAUUGAUGCCCGAGCUGUGUCUCCGCAACUGAAGGUUCUCCAUGCCGCUGUUCACCGCCCUUCGGUCCGCACCGCGCCCUUCGCCGCCCCGUUCCGCUCGUACUGCACGAAAACUGAAGGUGCUGCUGUGGAGCUGGACGACCAGCUGAAGAAGGAUGGUGCCAGCGACAAGAGAAGAAAUGCCGGAAUUCUUCCCAGUUUGGAGGAUUUGCUCUUCUACACAGUCGCAGAAGGUCAAGAGACGAUGCCUGCUCACAAGUUCCUCACAGCACUUAAAGCCACUGGGCUUCGCAGUGGAGAUCCCCGACUGAAGGAAUGCAUGGAAACCCUCAAAGAAACUCUAAAGAACACUUCAGAUGGCGUCACUCUGGACAGGCACCUAUUCAAGAAGUGUGUCCAGAGCAACAUUGUCCUGCUCACUCAGGCCUUCCGCAAGAAGUUCGUCAUCCCAGACUUCCAGUCCUUCUCCUCCCAUAUUGAUGAGCUGUAUGAGAGUGCCAAAAAUCUCUCUGGAGGACAGGUUGCAGACUACAUUCCUCAACUUGCCAGAUUCAGCCCUGACCUGUGGGCAGUCUCUCUGUGCACAGUUGAUGGACAGAGACACACAGUCGGAGACACCAAGGUCCCCUUCUGUUUGCAGUCUUGUGUCAAGCCUCUCAAGUACGCCGUUGCUGUUCAUGACCAUGGAACAGAAUAUGUGCACAGUUUCAUUGGGAAGGAGCCAAGUGGCCUCCGCUUUAAUAAGCUCUUCCUGAAUGAAGAUGAUAAGCCCCAUAACCCCAUGGUGAAUGCUGGCGCUAUUGUUUGUACUUCACUGAUAAAGCAAGGUGCAGGCAAUGCAGAAAAAUUUGACUAUGUCAUGAACUUUCUGAAAAAGAUGGCGGGAAAUGAAUAUGUGGGUUUCAGCAAUGCCACAUUCCAGUCGGAGCGUGAGUCAGGAGAUAGGAACUUUGCCAUCGGCUACUACCUGAAAGAAAAAAAGUGUUUCCCUGAGGGGACAGACAUGACCUCCGUACUGGACUUCUACUUUCAACUGUGUUCCAUUGAGGUGACCUGUGAGAGCGCCAGUGUCAUGGCGGCCACCCUGGCCAACGGCGGUAUCUGCCCAAUCACUGGUGAGCGUGUGCUGAGCCCCGAGGCUGUGAGGAACACACUGAGUCUGAUGCACUCCUGCGGGAUGUACGACUUCUCAGGACAGUUUGCUUUCCAUGUCGGUCUGCCAGCCAAGUCUGGAGUAUCAGGGGGGAUCCUGCUGGUUGUGCCCAACGUGAUGGGUAUUAUGUGCUGGUCGCCUCCGCUAGACAAACUGGGCAACUCUGUUAGAGGAAUACAGUUCUGCACGGACCUGGUGGAGCUUUUUAACUUCCACAACUAUGACAAUCUGAGACACUUUGCCAAGAAGCAUGAUCCUCGUAGAGAAGGAGGGGACCAGCGGCAACACUCCUUCGGACCCAUGGAUUAUGAGAGCCUCCAACAAGAGCUAGCUCUGAAAGCGCCUCUUUGGAAAAAGGUGUCUCCCACUGAGUCGCAUCAGGACAGCUCCACCACUGUAGUCUAUAGGAUGGACAAUGCCAGCAAAUGAAACUUUAAAAACAGUAAAAGGAGAGGCCGCACCCCCACUUCGCCUGAUCUCUCUCCCCACCUCUUGCAACGACAGCACUAUCUUUCCUCACCCUCAUAUAUUUAUAUAUAAAUUCUAUAGAGGAUUAUUUAUUGCUUGUGAAGCGGUUACUGAGUGAAUUGACUGGGAAAUUUGUUCUUUUUAUUUGUGCUGGAAAAGUGGGAUGAGCUACUGUUUAUUUUGCUCUGAAUUUCAAAUGAGCCUCCACCUCCUUGUUGCCUUAGCGGUUCUAGCAUCUGAUGUACAGUGUACACGUUGUGCUCUUUUUUCCAUCUUAAGCCCUUUAUUGCUAUAUAGUUGUUUUUUCCCCUAUUUUGACAGUGUUCUUUAAAAGGGUUGCUUUUUGAAAUUAAAUUUGAACUUUAAAAAGCAAUGCAAACGUGUGUGGUUGCAUGUGUGGAGCCAGCCUUCAGACCAGCAGUCUUUAAACAGUCAGACUACUUCACAUGAAUGGUUGCUCACUGCAGCUCACACUGAGGCCUAAGAUUCAAGUAAUAUUAGCACAUAAGUACAAAUGAGUAGUGCACGAUUAGAAUGCCUCUAAAGACGCAUGCAGUUUCUGACUGUUGUUGGAAAUUGUUUGGUCAAAGUAGAACAUUAUGAACUUAUUAUUUAGCUGUGAACGCAUGGGCCAGAGUGCAAAAAUGUUUGGCUAAGUUUCUCAUUUUUCAAAAAUGAGCGUAAAAUUCUAAAGGGAUUUUAUUAAUGCAGGUCUUUUCGCUGUUUGAGUCUUACAUCCUGUACCGUGAAGGAAAAUUUAACCGCUCACGCAAAAGCUUAUUAGAGUCACUGUGACUAUAAUGCAACAUUUUCUAGCCUUCUGACAGACAUUAUCUGUGAAUUGUGUUGGAACUCCACCAGUAUCAUUUCCUCGUCUGCAAAAGAUAUCCAGAACUUAUUCUGCACAUUUGUAUGUGCUGGAAUAGUUUUUCAUCGUAAACAUUCAAAUGAAUAACUAAUUUGUGCCACCAUGCAUAUCUUUAAUGUUAGGAAUAGAAUACAAAAGAGACAUUACUGAACAACUGUCAACAAGCCAGAGUGAUGUGAGCUUUGGCAUUUGAAACACAAACAGUCAUGAGAAACCUGCUGUUUGACAGAGAUGGUAUGUUGAAAAAGAUAUAUUGCCAUAAAAUAGGAUUUUAUCUUGAACUGAAUCAGUCAGUGUUUGUGCCUGGGCCGCAUUUGGGAUAGAUUUUUUUGAUAGGAAAAGUGUACUCAGCCAAACAGCAUAGGAGAAAGCUGAGGUAGCUAAAGCAUCAGACUUUUAAUAAGGCUUCUCGUGGCAACUUGACUCAGUUGUCCUCUCUCAUCUGACCGCUCUCAGGAGCAGCUGCUCAGAGGACUGCUGCAGCUUUUUGCUAUUCUGUUGAGUACAGAUGAAGAAAAAAGGUCCAAUGUAUGCAUGUGUGGCUGUUUCUUUUGUGUUUGUGUUCUUUACCGAGUAUCCUCAGUAUGACGUUAGUGGCGGUGGUGGUGUGUGUUUUCUGCUGCUGCGACCUCCAGUUAAAGCCCCUGAUAGCUACCAUAGGUCUGAACAGUCCUGAUCCAACCUUUAACUUCUCUGCUGUGAGUAGGUGAAGACCGUGUUUUUCUGGGCUGCAUUCCAAAACUAUUACUGCAUGUUUGCACAGUGCACAAAAACAGGCAUAUGUUCAAACAUGAUGGCUUCUCUAGAACAUUAACCUACUUUCUACAUGAAGGCUGCGCAACGAUUGAUCAGACUGAUAGUUUAAAGGGUCUAAGAAUUACUUAUUUGUCCUGUUACUGAAAUACUAUUGAGAUUAUUGGAAAUUCAGAACACACACAGCAGCAGAUGAUGCUCGGUGUUUAUGUGCCUGAAAUGUAUUUUGGCAAAGAAUAAUGGGCCAUGCCAAAGGUAGGCAUCAAAGAAUCUAGUGAGAUUUGUGACCUUUUCUUUGUAUUACGAUAUUAGAUUUGUAUCAAAAUUGAGGAGAAGGGCAGUUCAGGAGAUUAGAAGCAGAGUGGUCUAACCCACAAAAAAUAAAUUGAGUUUUAUAUAAUUUCUGUAAUAUUUAUGGUCUAGAUUUUAAUGGCCAAGUGGUCCAACCCUCAACCCAAAUAUAGUGUCACAGUGGCACUUUGAAUGUUAGACCAUUCUUGAAAACACAAAACUUUGAUCCCAUUUUUCUCAAAAACUACAGAAAGUCGGUUAGACCGCUUCCAAACCUUUCUGUUAGUUCCUCAUGUAAUCCUACAUUUAGGACGUGCAGUAAACAAAACAAGAAAAGCACUCAGAGCUGGGUACUCUGCCAAGGCUGCUCAAUCGCUUUAUCAUUUACAACGGAUAAGUCCUGAUAAGUCCACAGCAGUGGAUUUUUGUAGGGUUGUGGUGUUCCCUUGUAGUAAUAGUUUCAGGGAUCUCUCAGUACAGAAAUCUUCAACAAAUCUGUGGAUCCAGACUAUAAGCCGCUUCACUGCCAAAAUCUAAUCACUUGGUCCUUGUGUCAUUUCUGACCAUCCCUGAAUAUUUCAUCCAAAUCCGUUUUAAGUAAUGUUGCAGACAGACAGACAAACAUACGCCGAUCGUCACAUAAGUCUGUUCCUUGGCAGAGUAUUGAUGAAGCAGAAGAUGGAGACUGUGUGACACUGUCAUAAGCUCCCAAAAGUAAACAAAACUUUGCUUCCCGAAUGGUCAAGAUUUGGGAACUUUAAUCUAGUGUGUACACUUCAACAAUAAUAUUAGCAUUUCAAAAAAUAUAUCUUCUACUGCCGAAGAGCUGACAACCAUGCAAAAAAAAUGAGAUUGGAAUUAUUCUAUAACAGAUACCACAAUUACAGUACGAGUCAAAAUUUUGGCAGGAUUUAUUUCUCAAUGAAACAAACGAAAAAAGUAGCAUUUUUUGUCUUAUGCUACUGUAAAUUAAAUACUUUUGACCCACUUGGACUACAGAGGCCACGUGGGAAUGACUCAGUGAUGUUUUGAGUAAUCUUUUUUCAACACUUUGAUUUAAAUAAUUUCUCGUACCGUUGUUGAUGACGGCAACUAUCAAUAGUUCAGUGAGUGACAGACAAUAUUUUCUAAUUUGUGCAGAUCAAAUUGACACUUAAUAAACUGUUAGAGGGUCAACCUAGUGGUACUACAGCACUUUUUCUGACAGACUGCACCUUCCCCACCUUCUGCAAUAUUGGUUAAUGCAUUUUAAGCAAAUAAACAACUAUAAAUGAAUAGUCAAUCAUUAGGCAUCACUAAGCAUGACGGUAAUUGAUACACUAAUGAAUCAAUCGAUGCAACUCUUAUUUUAUUACCACAUGGAAGAACAAGUUGUGGAGAAAGGCCUUCAUUGUUCCAAAUUGGCUCUAGUUUUUGCUAAUGUAGGAGAUUCUCACUAAAAGGAAGAAUCUGCUUGGGAAAACAGGUUCUCAAGACCUUUAAAUCAACGUUUUCUGUGGCAUAGACUUUAAUGGCGAUAAAUCUACUGGCAAGGCAGAGUAAGGUGGAUUCAUCCUUCUUGCAGCAGCAUGUCUUUAGAGGGGGGGAAAAACUUGAACCUACAAUAUCAGAUAGCUGAGUUUGAUGAGAGAACUACUCAAAGUGUGGUGUGACUAUCUGUAUGCAAACGUAAAAUACAAUCAGUAUUGUUUGAGAUGUCUCAAAGUGUUAUUCCUUUAGUAUGGCUGCAAAUCGUGACAGCUUCUUUCCAUAUACAUAUUUUACUGUACCUCUGAAUGUACAUAGCAGCAGGUGUAUAUAGCUUUCAGGUGUGUCUGUAUACAGAGUGAUGACGAUCCUCAGCAGCAGAGUGAGUUUGAUUAUACAUACACUUAAAACGUUCCAACGUGGUGACAUUAUCUCCUCCAGGAAAUAGAAAUAUUUGCACAUGAAUGUCAUGUCAGCAGAUGCCUUAGCUUAGAUGUCGCUUUACUGUGACUGUACUGGGAGGGGAGUUUUAUCUGUUUGUUAUUCAGUCAUUGUUGAAAAUGUACAACUGCUGUGUGGUGUGUGCUGGUGGGUUUGACCUGAGCUCUACGCGAUGGCUGCUGGAGCCAGGAAGACCUUGUUAUUAAUCUGUCAUGUUGAGAAGUCGUUUAAUUUCUGUUGUAUUUUAUUUUUCAACUCAUAGACUUCUGUUAGUGUUUUUCUUUGUGUUAUUAAGUUUCUGCUCAUCAUUGUGUCGAGGUAAAAAGUAUUCAAAAGCCUCUGUCGUCAUUCAUUCUCUUUGGAAUCGAUGGACCGCGUCAGGGUGGAUUCACCGCUGUUUUAACUGGUUUUCUGUUAAAGGUUUCAUGGUGGACCAUUAAGGAAGGUAUUAAAAUUAGCAUUUGGAAAAACUGAUACAACGCUUAACCCUCGUGUUGUCCUGCGUGUCAAAAUUGACCCGGUUUCAAGUUUGAAAAUGUGGACAAAAAUGUUUUUUUUUCACAGUGAUGUCCACAUUUUCGGGAAAACUUUGAACUUUUGUUGGAGGAAAAAAGAAAUGUUAAAAAUGUUUAAGAACAUUCACAAAAAAAUCAACCAAAAUUCACAGGAUUUUGGUUGACUUUUUUGUGUGAAUGUUCUUAAAGAAAAUAGAAGUUUUACUGAUAUAUAUGCAAUAACUUUAGAUAUUUAUAGGUUUUUUUGGAAGAUUUUUAGUAAUUUUUUGAAAAUAUUUACAAGAAUUCUUUCCAAAUUUGUUUUUUUUUUUAACUUAAAGAAUUAUUGAAAUUUUGUUGAUGAAGGUUUUGCAAAUUUUCAGUUUUUUUCGCUGAAUUUUUGGAUUUUUUUUCAGACAAGGAAAUAAUAUUUUUUGGUACCUGUAAAGUUUGUAAACAAGGACAACAGGAGGGUAAAUAUCAGAUUUAGUUUUGUUGCGUUCCAACCUCAUUAGCUGCAUUUGAUCUUACAACAAUCAAAUGUUGUCUACAGUAUACACAUUAGUUAACUCUGUAGUAGUUUGCAUUGUUAUGCGUUUUCCAUGUUUUCCCACACAUUUUGCAGAGAUUUCAUGUCAGUACAACUAUAACUGCAGAGGUUAUCUAGGAUAUAAAAUAAGUUCUGAUUAUAUUUCAUAUUUGCCAAACAAUAGCAACUGUCUAAAAGUUGACAUAUCAGGCAUUAUUUGGGAUCUGGGACUUGUGGUUUAAACACAUUCUUGGUGCAACAAUGAGUAACCAUGUGUCAACACAUCAACUUAUAUUAGAAUCUGAAGGAGCAUUACCUUACAUGUAAAUCUGGAACAAUCAGUGACUCAACAGAAAAUUCAUUUGCAACUAUUUCGCUACCGUGGGAUCACCACCAUUUUCCGUCGCAUUCGAGUGUAACUCCAGUUUCAGUGUGUCAGGUCCCCAGCCUGACUCUGAUUUUUGACCAGUCUCAGUCAUGUGGGUCGCCUCUCUUGAAUGUCAGUGAAAGGAGUCCGUCUCCCAUUUCUGACUGAUCUUUAUUUCUUUGCUGCUACACGAUCAUGUUUCUCUCCAUCUGCAAAAAUUCUGAAAUCCAUCACUUGAAAAUGUCCACGAGACUGAACCAGACCAGCUCUGACAGGACACUGAUUUAACCUCAUUCCAACCCAUCAGCAUUGAUUACCUCAGCUUUUUCCUCUUUGCUUUCCAAAUCAGAAUGGCAGAUAAACUCAUAUUACUUUUCAUGGGGGGUGGGCAGCAUCGCAGCGACCCUUCUCUCAUUCCUCACUGUUUGAUUAUUACAAAGAAAUUCAUGACGGCAGGGCUUUUGAAUGCAGUUACUCGCAUUUCCAUGGAAAUCCUGACAUCGUUUGGCUCAUGUCAUGUAUGGGUUGAUAUUUCUUUGAAUUCUCAGUUUCCAUCUUGCAUGCAUGUUGUUGUAUAUGAGAAAUGUUUUUUUUUUAAUCCUGUCUUCAUAUGGUUCACUUGAUUUCCUUUCAUGUCUUUUAUUUAUGUUGACUUAUGUCCUGAUCAUAAAUUUUUAUCCUCUGUGAAAUUGCAUAUACAUUUAUAAUGAUCACUACCAUUACAGUUUGACCUUGGAAUUGUAAGGUUCUUGGGUGUUUUGGUCAGAUAUCAGAUAUUUAUGUAUAUGUUAUCGUACAAGCAAGUCUCUUGGCCAAAGAUUUAAUUGAACUUUGUCGAAAUGCAAAAAAAUUACGGAAUGGUUACAUUAGAAUCCUAAAAGCUGAAUGCAUAAAAGAAAACUCAAACCUUCAGUAGAUGAAACCAUACAGUUCCAAGCUCCUGACUGUCAAACCUUUCUGUUUGUGAUUCUGUAUGUAAAGUCUCCAUAAGCUCCUGAACUGUCCUGUCUGCUUGGAGGAGACACAGAGACGUGAGCUUCACAAUUCUGACCAAGUUCUUCAGCUCCUUUAGCUGUGAUGGACGAGCAGACAUGACAGUAAAAGUGGUGUUACCGUUUUUUUUUUUUUUUUUUGGUUGCCUUUGUGUUCCCUGUAUGAAACGAAAUAAAGCACUGUUAUUCAUCA